UGUCAGUUUCUAAAUCGAGUUGUGUGUUUAGCGAGCCGGCUAGCUAGUUAGCUACAAUAACAACAGGAGAUAUGGCUGGACUUCAACCCCAGGGGGAUCUCCUGAAAAUGACUCACAGGGACAACUGGAAAGUACAGCAUGAGCGCCUGCACGUGAAGCACCGGGGCCAUGAGGCCAUGCAUGCAGAGAUGGUGCUCAUCCUCAUCGCUACGCUAGUGGUGGCUCAGAUCGUACUGGUACAGUGGAAGCAGCGGCACAACCGCUCAUACAAUUUGGUCACCCUGCUCCAGAUGUGGGUGGUUCCUCUCUAUUUCACUAUAAAACUCUACUGGUGGAGGUUUCUCUCCAUGUGGGGAAUGUUCUCUGUCAUCACCAGCUAUGUCGUCUUCAGAGCUACACGCAAACCACUGUCCUGUCGGACACCACGGAUGGUGUAUAAAUGGUUUCUGUUGAUCUAUAAGCUGAGCUAUGUGGUGGGAGUGAUUGGAUACCUGGUCAUCAUGUUCACAAUGUUCGGCUUCAAUGUCUUCUUCAGGAUCAAGGCAGAGGACUCCAUGGAUGUGGGCGUUAUCAUGCUGUUCUAUGGUCUGUACUAUGGAGUGAUGGGACGGGACUUUGCUGAAAUCUGCUCCGACUACAUGGCCUCAACUAUAGGGUACUAUAACGUGGGAGGAAUGCCGUCCAGGAGCCUGACCGAUGAUAUCUGUGCGGUGUGUGGUCAGAAGAUCCUCGUAGACGUGGAUGAGGAGGGGAUUAUAGAAGAUACCUAUCAACUCUCCUGUAACCACAUAUUCCACGAGUUCUGCAUCCGUGGCUGGUGCAUUGUGGGUAAGAAGCAGACGUGUCCGUACUGCAACGAGAAGGUCGACUUGAAGAGGAUGAUGAGCAAUCCAUGGGAGAGAACACAUGUCCUGUACGGGCAGCUCUUGGAUUGGCUGAGAUACCUUGUUGCCUGGCAACCCAUCAUCAUCGGAAUAGUCCACGGAAUCAACUUCACCCUGGGGCUGGAGUAGUAGAACUCUGUGAUGAUGAUCGUCUUGCAGAACUCCCUCCCGGAACUCCCUCCCCGGAACUCCCUCUCGGAACUCCCUCCCCGGAACUCCCUCUCGGAACUCCCUCUCGGAACUCCCUCCCCGGAACUCCCUCCCCGGAACUCCCUCCCCGGAACUCCGUCCCCGGAACUCACUCCCCGAAAUUCCCUCCCCGGAACUCCCUCCCCGGAACUCCCUCCCCGGAACUCCCUCCCCGGAACUCCCUCCCCGGAACUCCCUCCUCGGAACUCCCUCCUCGGAACUCCCUCCCCGGAACUCCCUCCCCGGAACUCCCUCUCUGAAUUCCCUCCCCGGAACUCCCUCCCCGGGAACUCCCUCCCCGGAACUCCCUCUCGGAACUCCCUCCCCGGAACUCCCUCCUCGGAACUCCCUCCCCGGAACUCCCUCCCCGGAACUCCCUCUCUGAAUUCUUCCCCGGAAUUCCCUCGCCGGAACUCCCUCCCCGGAAUUCCCUCUCGGAACAUUUGGAAUCCGUGCAUUUAAUUUAUUGAACCCCCCCUAACACAAGUGUUUAUUUAUGAUCUGUAAAUUAUGUACUUUAUACAAUGCUUGCAUCCCAAAUGGUACCCUAUUCCCUAUAUAGUCUGCUCCUUUUGGUUAAAUGUAGUGCACUGUAAAGGGUAUAUGGAGCCAUGUGGGAUGCAGCCAAUGUAAAGUGUGAACUACGAUGGGUUUCUUUACCAUUGCGGUUUGUUCUACAGUUUACACUCCGCAGAUACACUGGUAUCUGGUAUACCAAACCUGAUGACUUCUCUCUGUCCCAAUAACAGACCUGAUGACUGACCUCUCUGUCCCAAUAACAGACCUGAUGACUGACCUCUCUGUCCCAAUAACAGACCUGAUGACUGACCUCUCUGGCCCAAUACCCAGCCUGAUGACUGACCUCUCUGUCCCAAUACCCAGCCUGAUGACUGACCUCUCUGUCCCAAUAACAGACCUGAUGACUGACCUCUCUGUCCCAAUAACAGACCUGAUGACUGACCUCUCUGGCCCAAUACCCAGCCUGAUGACUGACCUCUCUGUCCCAAUACCCAGCCUGAUGACUGACCUCUCUGUCCCAAUACCCAGCCUGAUGACUGACCUCUCUGUCCCAAUAACAGACCUGAUGACUGACCUCUCUGUCCCAAUACCAGACCUGAUGACUGACCUCUCUGGCCCAAUAACAGACCUGAUGACUGACCUCUCUGGCCCAAUAACAGACCUGAUGACUGACCUCUCUGUCCCAAUAACAGACCUGAUGACUGACCUCUCUGGCCCAAUACCCAACCUGAUGCACUAGGUAGUGUGAAGCAAAGUGUUGGCCAUGCAUACUAAGUAGUGUGCGUAUUGGGACACUAGGCCAUAUCGCACCGUUAGUCACCACCACAAAAAGCUGCUUUGUCUUUAUAUAAUGUAGUGCACUACUUUAGACCUGAGCCCCUAUAGGCAAUAGGGUGGUAUUUGGUUUGCACUCUUAUUUAGCCUGGGGAAGUCACAUCAAAGUUCAGCAUCUCUUGAUCAAGAUAGAUAAGGGUUUACAUUAACUCAGAGUUUCAGAUCUGAUCUAGGAUCAGUUCAGAUGAAAUGGACAGGGACCUGGUCCUAGCUCAACACUCCUACUGAUCUAGGAUCAGUUUAAUGAAUUAGAGUAAAUGGACAGGGACCUGGUCCUAGAUCAACACUCCUACUGAUCUAGGAUCAGUUUAAUGAAUUAGAGUAAAUGGACAGGGACCUGGUCCUAGAUCAACACUCCUACUGAUCUAGGAUCAGUUUAAUGAAUUAGAGUAAAUGGACAGGGACCUGGUCCUAGAUUAACACUCCUACUGAUCUAGGAUCAGUUUAAUGAAUUAGAGUAAAUGGACAGGGACCUAUUGGCUAUAUGUUUUCCUUUUUCAAAUUCUCUCAUCUAUGACCUCUAGGUGUUAUAAACCUCUCCUCUCCAGGACCUCUAGGUGUUUCAAACCUCUCAUCUAUGACCUCUAGGUGUUAUAAACCUCUCCUCUAUGACCUCUACGUGUUAUAAACCUCUCCCCUACGACCUCUAGGUGUUUCAAACCUCUCCUCUACGACCUCUAGGUGUUUCAAACCUCUCUAGGACCUCUAGGUGUUUCAAACCUCUCUAGGACCUCGAGGUGUUUCAAACCUCUCCUCUACGACCUCUAGAUGUUUCAAACCUCUCCAGGACCUCUAGGUGUUUCAAACCUCUCCUCUAGGUGUUCCAAAUCUCUCCUCUACGACCUCUAGGUGUUUCAAACCUCUCCACAAUCUCUAGGUGUUUCAAACCUCUCCAGGACCUCUAGGUGUUUCAAACCUCUCUAGGACCUCUAGGUGUUUCAAACCUCUCCUCUAGGUGUUCCAAACCUCUCCUCUAGGACCUCUUGUUGCAGCCCUGACCUAGCGCACCUGAUUCAAAUAGUCAAGGGCUUGAUGUUUGGUUGACAAGUUGAAUCAGGUGUGAUAGCUCUGGAAUAGUUCAAAUACAUGGAACGGCUGGGGGUCUCGGAGGAGAGGUUUGCAACGGCUGGAGAAUCCAGAGGAGAGGUUUGGAACGGCUGGAGAAUCCAGAGGAGAGGUUUGGAACGGCUGGAAAACCCAGAGGAGAGGUUUGAGAACGGCUGGAGGUCCCGGAGGAGAGGUUUGAGAACGGCUGGAGAACCCAGAGGAGAGGUUUGGAACGGCUGGAAAACCCAGAGGAGAGGUUUGAGAACGGCUGGAGGUCCCGGAGGAGAGGUUUGAGAACGGCUGGAGAACCCAGAGGAGAGGUUUGGAACGGCUGGAAAACCCAGAGGAGAGGUUUGAGAACGUCUGGAGAACCCAGAGGAGAGGUUUGAGAACGGCGGGAAAACCCAGAGGAGAGGUUUGAGAACGGCUGGAGAACCCAGAGGAGAGGUUUGAGAACGGCUGGAGAACCCGGAGGAGAGGUUUGAGAACGGCUGGAGGUCCCGGAGGAGAGGUUUGAGAACGGCUGGAGGUCUCGGAGGAGAGGUUUGCAACGGCUGGAGAAUCCAGAGGAGAGGUUUUGAAAAAGGCUGGAAGUCCCGGAGGAGAGGUUUGAGAACGGCUGGAGGUCCCGGAGGAGAGGUUUGGAACGGCGGGAGAACCCAGAGGAGAGGUUUUGGAAAAGGCUGAGCUAUAUGUUUGCCAAACAACUUUACACGUCUGUUUCACACACAGGAAGGUAUUGCAGUUGAAUCACAAUUCAUGUUGAUUAAAACAAAUGAUAAUGAAAGAUUUGUAUUUCUGUGUGUAGUAACAAGGUAUUAUUAUGAACUGUGCUAGUUUAGAGGUGUUACAGAGAGAAAGAUGGCGGUAACAGGAAAAGGAGGAGUCGAAGGGCAGUGGGCUGGAUGACAGGAAGAGGAGUCGUCAAAGGGCAGUGGGCUGGA